GAGACAAGGAGAGAGAAGGGCCAUAACUCAUUAGCAGAAGCUUUGUAUGUGUGCAUUCUGCUAUUUGCCACAUAUCUACAAGGGAGUUUCUUCAGAGUACAGAGAAACCUGUGAACUGUCGGGAUUAUUUUAAGUCUUUCCUUGAGAUGUCAGCCAAGAGCUUCAGUAUAGUCACAGUUGCUACUGUGCUUAUUUUCUUCCUAAAGAUACAGCUCUCAGUGCAAGCGCCGUUGAAUGGGUCAAAAUGGUCUUAUAUUGGUCCUGACGGAGAGAAGGCUUGGCCAAAGAAAUACCCAUUUUGUGGAGGAGUAUUCCAAUCGCCAAUAGAUUUCCACAAAGAUAUUCUCCAGUAUGAUUCUAAUCUCUUGCCUUUAGAAUUCAUAGGCUAUAAUGUGCCCUCCACUGAUCAGUUUACUUUGACCAAUAAUGGUCAUUCAGUGAAAAUGUAUCUGUCACCUACUAUGUACAUCAGAAACCUCCCGUUUGAAUACACUGCAUCUCAGCUUCACCUACACUGGGGAAACAGAAACAAGUCAGAAGGCUCAGAGCACACAGUCAGUGGGAAGCAUUUUGCAGCAGAGCUGCAUAUUGUACAUUAUAAUUCUGAGAAAUAUCCAGACGUAACAGCAGCAAUGGACAAAGCGGAUGGACUGGCGGUUUUGGCUAUUCUUCUUGAGAUUGGACCAUUCAACCCAUCCUAUGAAAAGAUCUUCAGGCACUUCCGGAAUGUGAAAUACAAGGAUCAGAUGGUCCAGGUUCCUGGUUUCAAUAUUCGAGAACUGCUUCCUGACAGACUGGAUGAGUAUUAUCGCUAUGAAGGAUCCCUGACAACUCCUCCUUGCUACCCUAGUGUUCUCUGGACAGUUUUCCGACACCCCGUUAAAAUUUCACAAGAGCAGUUACUGGCACUGGAAACGGCCAUGUACUGCACAGAGAGUGAUGACCCAGAACCCUUGGAAAUGGUCGAUAACUUCCGAAAUGUUCAGGAAUUUCAUGAAAGACUGGUUUUUAUCUCCUUCCGUGAAGGUUUUGUUGUUUCUGUCGUGAUAGCCUGCGUUCUGGGAGUUCUCAUCAUUCUUGCAGUAGCCUUCUGGCUACUGAAGAGGAAAAGCUGCAAAAAGGGAGGCAAAGACAACAGAGGAGUCAUCUACAAAUCAGGCAUGUGCAAGGAGGAAAAUGACAUCUCCAAACUUUGAUGCCCUGCUCUGUUAAAAAGUCCCUUUUCAUUCAUAGCACUGAUUUAUUUUGCAUUGGUGGAACACAUCUCAUUCUUGGCUCAUGAUAAACCUCCAGUGUUCGAAAAAUGUACUAGCCAGAAGUUUUCUGCAGCCCUCAUUCUCUUGUCUUCCAGGGAGAUAUGAUCAGUGAAUACUCCUGAGCUAAAUUCCUCACCACAUUCUUCUCAUGUUUGCUGCCUACUGAGUCUGGGUCUUUUAACUGAUUUUACAUUUGAUCCUAAACUCCCGUGUUUUAUGAUUUGUUUAGCACAGAUUUUCCCACCGGUAUUCAAAUCUGAAGACACCCAUCAAGCUACAAGCACUCUUCCCUGCUAAAUCUAGGUAGAUGAGAAUCUGAAUAUGAUUUAGAGAUCAGAAUUUGAACUAGGUUAUUCAGUGGAUAUGGCUUUUUAACUCACAGCAAAUGAUGCUGGUACAUUCACCAGCGGCUUUGUAACACAAAUAUGAGAAGACAAGUGUAAAAACAAUGAAAGCAACAUGGAUUGUUAAUGAGGUUCAAACCCAGAAACUCAGUGCUGAAAAAAAACACUACUGCUAGAGGAACAGCUCACUUUCCAUUUAUUACACAACCUCACAAAUCUGUUACAGAGGUCAGACUCUGUCUGUCAUUGGAAUUCAAGAAGCAUCUUGACUUAUUAUCCUGUUCUUAAUUAUAGUGUGCAUAUGAAUGAUGUGGAGAUAAUGCAGUUGUUGCUGCUUUUAAGCAACUUGACAUGUAAUAAUUAAAUCUUGAUUGAUUUUACAGUGUUUAUUACAACUGCAAUUAUAGUCUAGAUGGUUUCACUGAUUUAGUUACCUGAAUUUAGUAAUUUAAUUAUUAAAAAUAAUCAAUAUUAUCUUUUUAAAAAAAACUCAUAAGCUACUCUGGAGAAGUCUCAUUAUGCAUUUUUGAAAGUGAGAAGCAUAAACGUAACUGUUUCCACUGAAGACUCUGUGAAAUGUCAUUAACUUCAGAAAGGAUAGGUUUUAGCCAGCCUAGCCCCAGAUGUAUGCUGAAUUCCUCUUGGAUUUGACAUGUACAGUGAGGGUCUGAAAUGCUUGUACUUCAGUAUACAGGCAGGAAGUGACUGACACAUGCAUAUACCCAAAAUAACUUCAAGUCUGAAUGCUGCUAAACACUCCUGAGGAAAUUCCAAUCUUAACUUUACACUUAGAAUCAUUUUAUAUUCAGUAGCCACAUUUGUGAUUUUAAAUAGCUAAAUUGUUAUUGUAUGUGUUUUCUCCUUUAAAGAUAGCAGAUGCAUACUUGGUUUAGAUUCUUCCCCUUCCACCCCCAAGAAAACCAUUUGAUGUCAAAAGCUUUUGAGUGAAGGGAGAAAUAACUUAUUAAUACUUAUUGUACAUGAAAUUUAGGAGCAUAAUCUUACAACAAAGUACACUACAUUUGCCAGCAUUUUUAUCUUGCAUAAACAAGCAAAUAAAGAUCAUCUCGUUGAAAUGUUUGAUCUCACUGAAAAAGCAGCAUUUGUGUGCUAUGGGGAACAAUACUUGCUCUUUGAAUACAGGUCUUUAAAGACAAG